GCCUACCGUUUCAAAAUCAAAGUCACCAUUACUGUAUCUCUCUCUCCAAAACCUCAAAUCUCUCGCUCUCUCUCUCUCUCUACAAAUACAUAUCCAUGGCAGAUCAAAGCGCAAACCCGUCGUCAAUAAUGGAGCCAAAGCAACAACACCCACUUCACCAAAUUGCAGAAACACCGACGCACAAGCUUCUUUUAAAACAAUGGUUAAAAGAAGAAGAACUGAUCUUCAACAGAAUCUCUCUCAAAGAAACACAAAUCGACUCAGUCUGUAAAGAAAUCACUCAACUUUACAUAUUCUUCUUCCUUUUCCACUCCAUUUCUUUGCUUCUUCUCUUCAACGCAUCCUCGAAAGACCCUUUUGGAGCUAAAGGGUCAGAAUCUUGCAAGAGAUCAUGGAUCCCUUCAUUGUGCUCUCUUCUGUGUUCUUUAGGGAUUAUUUGGGCUGUUAGAUAUAAAACUGAUGUUGAAUGCCAUUUAGAGAAGCUGUUAGAGAGAGAGAAAGAAGAUGGUCAGUUGCUGGCUAAGUGUGUUGAGGAGUUGAAGAAGAAAGGAGGGGAGUUUGAUCUCUUGAAAGAAGUUGAUGCACUUCGAAGAGCUAAGAGUUUGAGAGUUGAAACAAAGGUUGUAAGGAAAUGGUCUACUAGGGAUUUUGUUACUUUGUUUUUCUUUAGUGUGUCUUGUCUUGUUCUGGGGUUGACAAGGAUUAUUUUGUGUAAUUGAUCGGAUUGGAUUCAAAAUGGGGUUUUUUUUAUGUAAUUUGGUUUUUCAUGGCAGAAGACUCUUUGUUUCUGUCAUUGAAUUGGAUGGGGAGCUAUGAAACUAAUUUGUUUCUGUAAUUUGGGAAAAUUUUAUUUGAAAGAAUUAAUGUUGAAACAA